GAAGACGCAGGGUCUCUUUCUUUGGCUGGCGAUCCCGAUUACAGGAGAGAAAGAGCGCCGAUCGGCUUAGCUCUGACAUAGAUUCACAGAUCAUUUCUUACACUUAAUAAAGUGUUUUUGAAGAGUACUUUCUGGAUUCUCCGACUGCUUCAUCAGGGCCUCUCGACAAAAAGAUUCGUCGUAACAGUUGCCACUUUGACACAUCAACCAAAACAAUGAUGUUCCUGAAGCUCAGUCUGCUCACCUUUCUUAUUGUGGCCCCUGGCUUGCUCGUUUCUGCAGAAAAUGCAAUCACCUGUUAUGGGAACGUCCAGCGUCUUGGUUGUGACAGCGGAGUGAUAAAUACUGAGACUGCUAAUUAUGGCCGCACAACUGAAAGCAUCUGUAAUUCAAGCCGGCCUGCUGAACAGAUCGUCAACACCAACUGUCUCUCUUCAGCAACAAGUGCAAUUGCUAAAAGAUGCAAUGGGCUGAAAGAUUGUGAGUUUAAUACAGACUCUCUGAACCUUGCUGACCCAUGUGUAGGAACUUACAAGUAUUUCAACACCACUUACACCUGCGUCAGCAUCCGAACCAAGGUGAUCUGUGAGGACAGCCACAGUGAACUGAAUUGUAGAACUAGUAAAAUUUUUGUUCUCAAUGCUAUGUAUGGACGCACUGACACUACAACGUGUAUCAGUGGAAGGCCCAGCUCUGAAACCAACAACCCCAACUGUAACUUUAACACACGUGACAAAGUUUCUCAAUUGUGUAAUGGACAAAACAAAUGCUGUCUGUUCGCUUCAAACACCAUUUUUACAGAUCCUUGCUUUGGGACUCUAAAGUACCUGUCUGUUUAUUAUACCUGCAUUUAAUAACUAACUCAAGACAUUCCAGCUUUAUCCACAGUGUCUUCUCUUCAGUAUGUAGAGAGAGUAAACUACAUAUGAAAUAAUCAGCCCUGUGGAUGAUGAGAGCAUGAGCUUUAGCAUUACUCUACUUAUUACUUGCAUGCUGGUGUAAUGAUUGUGCUUAUUAGCUCUUUACGUAUAAUGACUUUCUCUAAAAAUAAACAAUUUUAUGAAUGACUGCAAAUACAA